CGGAUAUAAAUAGUGCGGCGGCAAGUUGUCCGGUAGUCAAGCGACGUAACGUUUCCUGUGACCUGCCCUCUGGAGUUUUUGUGUAUCCGCAGCACAAUGUUGGAACAUUCCAAGCCCAGCCUUAGUGAGCCUCAGGCGUCUGAGCUGGUGCAGAGGGUUUUCAGCCUGACACCAUCAGAGGUUCGCCCUCUGCCCAGCUACGAGGACCAAAACUUCUAUGUGGCCACGGCAGAGGGUGGCGAGUACGUCUUGAAGAUAAUGAACUCGGAGGACAGCAAGGACCCCAACCUGAUUGAGGUGCAGACGUACGCCAUGUCCUUCCUGCACCAGAACGGGCUUCCUGCCCAAACAGCCCUGCCCACCGCUUCGGGAAAGCUCAUGAGUCUGGAAGAAAUGGACUUUGGCCACGGCUGUCAGAAGUUCAUGGUGCGGCUGUUGACUUAUCUGCCUGGAACCACAGUUUCCAAGCUUCAUUUAACGCCACAGUUAUUGUAUGAAAUCGGCAGCACAGCAGCCAGAAUGGACAAAAUCCUGAAAGAGAUGACACACCCUCACCUCAGUGUGCUGCAGAGGGAGGGGUUCAAUUGGAGUCUGUCAAAUGUCCCUCUCCUGGAACGAUUCCUCUAUGUGUUGGAUGGAGACCCUCUUCAGGAGGUUAUAAAGUCUAUCAUUCAACAGUACAAGACCUCUGUGGUUGGAAAAUACCCUGAUUUCCGCAAGUGCAUUAACCACGGCGACUUCAAUGACCUCAAUGUGCUCAUGCAGCCUGAUGAGACUGACUGCUACAGGAUUUCUGGUAUCAUUGACUUUGGGGACUUGAACAGCGGCUACUACAUCCAUGAGUUAGCCAUCGCUAUCAUGUACAUGAUGAUAGAGCACCCUAACCCAAUUGAGGUGGGUGGACCUGUCCUUGCAGGCUGGGAAAGUGUCCUCCCCCUCAAUGAAGCGGAGAAAGAGUGUCUCUAUGUGCUGGUGAUGUGCCGCUUCUGCCAGUCUUUGCUGUUAGCUCAUUACUCCGUGACCUUGCAACCAGAAAAUGAAGAGUAUUUGAUGAUUACAUCCAGGAAGGGCGUCGGAAUUCUCCGUGAACUCUGGGAGCUCGGGAAGAAGCAGGCAGAGAAGGCCUGGUUCCAAAGUGCUGCUCAGUUUGCUGACAAAAAGUAAGGAAUGUGUGAAGGAAGCCAUUCACAAAUUUCUAAGCACAAUAAGUUGAUUCCACUGAAGCUUUUGCGCAAGUGAAUGAAUUCUAAAAGCAAAAGUUAAAACAAUAGAUUAGAAUAAGUGAGACAACUUGAAUAUAGAACCGAUUUGUUUUCAACAUAAACCAAGCUAGAAUAAUAUUCAGUCGAGUGCAUUCACCGCCAACUCAUCAUGAAACCACAAUGGAAUUCACUCGAUCUGGAUAUUUAUAUGGAUCUGCACCACAUUGCACACACACAUAAAUAUCAAGAUCCAUGAAUUAUUUUCGGAGAAAUCAAAUGAAACGCUGACAAAUCUCACGAUAAAAAGAAAACAAUGGAUUAUAUACUGUAAAAGUAGCCAGCAACCGAACCAAUAGAGUGCGAGUACUAAAGCAUUUAGGGGAAAGUACUGAAUAGGGACGUAUAGGAUAUAACUGCAGAAGCAACUCACACCAAACCAUAGAGAAUCAGUCACGGUAUCUGACCAGAGGUUGGAUUUAAAGGUACAGUGUGUAGAAUGUAGUGACAUCUAGUGGCGAAGUUGCAUUUUGCAGCUAAAUAUCUCUCAGCUCACCCUCCCCUUCCAAACAUGAAAGAGAACCUGUGGAGGACCUGUAGUGGACCUUAAAAACAAGGAGGCCUCUGUCGAGAGGACCCGCUCCAGAUGUAGAUAUAAAGUAUUUAUAUACAAAAGGCCCAUUCUAGGGUAAAUACAACAACAAUUCAUACAAUUUAGAUGAAACACACUAGUGAAAACAUCACUAGGAUUAUUUUAUGCUAAACUUAUGCCAAUAGAUCCCUUUCACCUAAAUCUUACACACUCGACCUUAAAGAAACAUGUUCAGUAAGUUCCCAAGGUCUUCAGGGUUUAUACACUUCUAUGUACUUGGGUUUAUACAUUUCUAUGUGCUUGGGUUUAUACAUUUCUAUGUAUGUGCUUGUGUAACAGAAUAUUCCUCUGUAUGGUAACCGGUUGCUUAAAUGGACAUUGGAAUGUUUUUAUUACCUGGGACUCAGCCAGAGAUGAUGUAGGUGGGAAAUUGUCAUUGUAUGUUUAUAAGUAAGUAAGGCCGUUUAGAAUAUUCUGUGGUAGUAAAAGUUCCUGUCCACAUCCAGAAAGAAACAGGGUCUGAUUCUCCAAAUCUGGGCCAGUUAAUGUGAUCUGUGUUUGAUGAGGAGAAUGUUCAGGCCACAUCUUAUGCCUUUAAUUAGUAACAGAAACUUCUGGAUUCUGGAAGUGUACUGAUGGGAUACAUGGAUGCCAUGUACAGUAUUCAUAUGUCCCUUUAACCACUAAAAUCAGUCAGUACAUUGAGCAUCCAUUAUGUUGAAGGAAUCAAACAGUCAACAGACACGACUCCUCUGCAACAAACUUUGUGCCUUCAGAACAGAUUUGAAUCUGGUUUACCAAAGACAAAUUUAAUGCUCUGGAGCUUUUACACUAUUCCAAUGAUCUCUAUAAACAAGAGCAUUUCUUACAGUUUUUAAUAUGUUUAGUUAUAAUUAAAUGUUAUAACUUUACCUGUUUCUCACCACGAACUGAACUGCAAACUGAAAAGCUUGAGAUUGUAAAUUUCAAUCUUUGAUUCCGAUCUGUGUAUAUAUAUGAAGUAGUGUGGAUACUGCCGUACAGAUAUUCUGAAGUGAUUCUAUCAAUGGUUGUUUAAAUUAUAAAAAAGAGUCAUGAUGAAUAAUUGAAGUGUAAAUGAAGUGUAAACAUGUUUGAAGUGAGAUGGUUGAUUGGAUGUGAAUUUUGAUGGAAACUCCUUUUUGUAGAAUCACUAUUGUUGAGAUUUUUGGACGAUGUGCACUGAAUGUUUUUCUUCACAAUCCAAGAACAUUGUGAGUAAAACUAAUAUCAUUAUAUGGACAGAUUUAUUUUUAGUUGUUUUCGCACUUGAAUCAACUCUUCGCUUCUGCAAAUAUUAAAUAAAGUAUACCACCUGCAUUCAAA